AUGAAGAAGAACAAGGCCUCCACCUCCAGAAGGUCAGAGAUCCAGAACAUCUACCAGUGCUACUCCUCCGGAAGGAAUACUCUGGCCGCCUCCGCUCUCCUCAGGUUCCUACACAUGGAGCAGAUGGAGGCAGCAGCCAAUCAGGAGACAGCGGAGGGCUUGAUUGACAGAUAUGAGAUUGAGGAGACAGCUAGAGAGAACAGAAGCAUGACAUUCGAGGGAUUCUACAGAUACAUGGAGUCUAAAGACUGUAGUGUGUUUGACCAGAUACACACGUCUGUGUACCAGGAUAUGGACCAGCCUCUGUGUCACUACUUCAUCUCGUCUUCUCACAACACCUACCUCACUGGGGACCAGCUGGUCGGCAAGAGCACCCUGGACGCCUAUGUCAGUGCGCUGAGGAGAGGUUGUCGUUGUCUGGAGAUUGACUGCUGGGAUGGUCCUAGUGCAGAGCCUAUAGUCUACCAUGGUCACACUCUGACCAGCAAGAUCCUGUUCAAGGACGUCAUCACUACCGUGGAGCAGCAUGCCUUUGAGGUGUCUCCGUACCCAGUGAUCCUGUCCCUGGAGAACCACUGUACCCCGACUCAGCAGGAUGUCAUGGCCCAGUACCUCACCUCCAUCCUGGGGGAAAAACUGCUGGCCACCAGCCUGGACCUCACAAAUCAGCCUGGACAACUGCCCAGCCCUAACAGGAAGAAGGCAGCAGUAGUUGCUGAGUCUCUAUCUAACCUGGUGGUCUACACCAAGUCAGUGAAGUUCCACAGCUUCAGCCAUGCCAGAGAACACCAGCAGUACUAUGAGAAUACCUCUCUGGGGGAGAAGAAGGCUCACAAGCUGGUCAAGACCUCAGCUCCAGAUUUCGUCCAGCACAACACGGUGUUCAUCACCAGGAUCUACCCAGCAGCCUCUAGAACCCUGUCCUCCAACUACAACCCUCAGGGGUUCUGGAAUGUGGGCUCACAGAUGGUGGCUCUGAACUUCCAGUCGUUGGGCCUGCCCAUGGACCUGAACAACGGGCGUUUCCAGGACAACGGUGGCUGUGGUUACAUCCUCAAACCCCUCUUCCUCAGAACCAAUCAGUGGGGCUUUAAUCCAAACAGUUACCGUCACAACCUGAAGCCAGCACACCUACUGCUGAAGGUUAUCAGUGGCUCCAACCUGCCUGUUCCGCGGAGCGGCAAGGCCCUGGACCCCUUCGUACGCGUGGAGAUCCACAGUGUCCACUCAGACUCCUGCAGGAGACACACAGAUACUGUCAGACACAACUCUCUGAGCCCUCGUUGGGACUCGGCCAUGAACUUCACCAUCUCUGUCCCUGACCUCAGCCUCAUCCGCUUCACUGUAAGAGACCAGACAGGACUCACCUCUGAGUUUAUAGGACAGUACACCAUCCCCUUCAUCAGUAUGAAGAAAGGGUAUCGCUGGGUUCCUCUUCUGUCUAGAGAGGGCUAUAGCCUGGAUCCAGCUUCUCUCUUCAUUUUCAUCUGGUACUCCUAGCACCUCUCCAUCGGAUAACUUCUCCUUCUUAGAGCUUCUCCUUCUCCAGGACCUAACCAUUGCAGCUCAGCAUGGAUUCAGCA